CUUGAAGCUGCACAGGCCUCAUGGCAAGUUUGGUGGAUCCUUUAACUAUACGUCUUUGGGAUACGGUGAUCAUUUUAAUAAGGAAAAAGAUUCACUCGACCAUGGGCCCAACCUCAACAAACCAAACCGCAGCACUGAUGCUAAGAACAAAAAUCGACAAAAUCACAAUGCUCAAACUUCGAAUAACAAUAAAAAACAGGUGAAGAGUGAGAAGGAUGGCAAUCGACCUAUACCAGAACAUCGUCGCGCACCCGAUCAUGAAAAUGAGAAAGAUGAGGAUUAUGUUGAAGGAGACUAUUGGAGUGAACCAGUCGGACAAACCAAAAAACCAUAA